ACGGAAGUUGAGAUGUCUGGAAGAGGCAAACAAGGUGGGAAGGUUCGGGCUAAGGCCAAGACCCGCUCAUCCCGGGCUGGGCUGCAGUUCCCAGUUGGCCGAGUUCACAGGCUCUUGAGAAAGGGCAAUUAUGCUGAGCGGGUGGGAGCCGGAGCUCCGGUCUAUCUGGCCGCAGUGCUCGAAUACCUGACCGCUGAGAUCCUGGAGUUGGCCGGGAACGCUGCCCGGGAUAACAAGAAGACCCGUAUCAUCCCCAGGCACCUGCAGCUCGCUGUGCGCAAUGAUGAGGAGCUGAACAAACUGCUCGGAGGAGUCACUAUCGCUCAGGGCGGGGUCCUGCCCAACAUCCAGUCCGUGCUGCUGCCCAAGAAAACCGAGAGCUCCAAGGCGGCCAAGAGCAAGUGAGCUGCCCGGUCACAGCGCCCCCAUAUUGCCCAUGAACAACGAGCCCACACAGGGGAGACCCAUCAAUGAAGAUCCCAAAGCUGAGAAUCCUUUUUCCUGUUCUGAAUACGGAAAAUGUUUUUUCAACCUGGUCUUUUCAGAUGAGCUCAUGGCAAAGAAAUCUUUUUCCUGUUCUAAAUGACAGCAAGGAAGCGGCAGCCAUUUUGUAGAAACUGUUAUCAAUAUAAGCUUUGAUGUGCAGGGCCGGAUUUCUCAAUAGGGCGCCCCGAGGCCACCCCCUUUUGGCGCCCACCUCCGCACCCAAGCUGCACGCAUGCGCGCCACUUCAUUCAUUUGGAGCCGAGGGGAGAGGACGCGCUAAAGUUUCUGCGCAUCCUCUCCCAAUUACUCGGCAUGUGUUCAAAUUAUCCUGGUGUGGUGUGGCGGGGCGGCCCUAGGCCCGGGCCUCUGUGGCCUCGCCGCAGAUCCGGGGCCUGUUGAUGUGAGAACGGAGGACCUGAUGCUCAUGCACGGUAGUUAUGCAGACUGGCCUGAAAUCCACGGGACAUACAGGUCGGGCAGGUUCGGGCCGACCUCCACACAUCAAAAUCUGACCCAGACUUCUGCAUGAAGAUAGAAUAAAGAAGGACAGACUGGGAGAGUGAGGGACAGUGAAGAGUAACUUGAUUAUUGUAUUUAGAAAGUUUCAUAUUUCCAUGAGACAAAGCUUAGAUUACAUUUUAAUUUUCUUUUUUUUUUUAGUUUCCCUUUAACCUGAAAACUCAACGGCAUUAACGGAGAAUAGAAUAGGUUAAAACCACUGUACCGAUGUGAGAAAAAGUAAAACAUAUUUACCUUUAUAUAUCCGUGUUAUUUACUGCUGUUAUUUAUUGAAACGAACGUUCCCCCAAUCUUACAGACACCUGUCAUAUUUGUGAUCUAAGCCCCACCCCCCAGCUGUUUUCAUUCACAUCAUUGGACACAUUUCAGUGGAUCACACAGAAAUUGGGUCGUUAAAUAAAGGCAAAUCAUUAAUGUGUAUGGUGAAAAGAUACACAGCAUUCCUUUGCU